UCUUAAAAUCCAACACAAAAACAAUAAUAAACAAAGUUUUCAAAACAAAGCGGAUUUUUUUAAAUAAUUCAUUUAAUAAAUUGAAAUAAAAUAAUGCUAAAGAAAAAAAUAGCCAGAAAGGCAACUAACAAACAGGUUGCCAAUGAAGAGACUUUACCAGAUCCCAACAAUAAUAACAAAUUGAUUAAAACUUCUAAUUUUUUUAACACACCUUUGUGGCAAAAAGUCUACAAUUUAGAAUGUGAACUAAAUGAAAAUCUGUGCCAUUACCAAACUGGAAACGAAAUAACACAUAUUUACAAUCCCAUUGAGUAUGCUGCCCAACUUCACUGUGAAUACCUAAGACAUUAUUUGAAAGGCACGAAGAUUUUAUUGUUUAUUGGUAUGAAUCCAGGACACGAUGGUAUGGGACAGACGGGGAUACCCUUCGGCAACAUUACUACCGUUAGAGAUAUAAUGGGACUAACUGGCACUGUUAACCAACCGCCAGCGAUUCAUCCUAAGAGGCCUGUUAAAGGUUUAGCAAGUACACGCGAAGAACCAAGUGGUAAACGGUUAUGGACAUUAUUUAAAGAACUAUCAAACGGAUCUCUCGAUACUUUCUUUAAACAAUGUUUUGUUCAUAAUUUUUGCCCGCUAGUCUUUUUCAAUAGCAAUGGCAAUAAUAUUACUCCUAGUGAAUUAAAAGGACCUUAUAAGCAACAAAUUCGCAAUGAAUGUUUACGUACUACCGAACAAGUAUUACAAUUAAUACAACCAAAAAUUAUUGUAGCCAUUGGGAAUUAUGUAUAUGAUACUCUGAAAGCAUCAGAAUAUUGCAAAAGUAAACAUCUAUUACGUCUAGCUCAUCCCAGUCCAAGAUCACUUAAUAAUAAUAAUUGGCCAGAGAAAGCUGAGAAAUUUUUGGCCGAAGAGGAUUUAUUGAAGUAUUUGAGAAACGAAUAAAUCACAAAUUGAAGAGCAUUUACUAAAAGUAUCUCAGAAGUGCAUCAUAAAUUUAAGCAACUUAUAGUUUAUAAGUUUUUUAGGCAAUUUGUUAUGCAUAUAAAUAAGCUGGACUUAUUAUAUUUUAUUUUUUUAAUUUCAUUUCAUAAAAAAAGAAACUGAAAAUAAAUAACUAUAAUCCAGUAUAAUCUAUAAUCCAGACAAAAAAAGUAUAAAUAAUUAGUCGGGCAUAUCCGACAAUAGGAAACCCUACACCAGUCAGUAUGUUAAAAAUAUGGAUUAUUUUUAAAUAAUAAAGUAUUUAAUUUAUUUUAAACUUAAUUCCGAAA